AUGUCCCAUCUACAAUACUACAACUAUGAGGGUGUCGGCGAGCAGAAUAAGGAAAACUACUGGUACAGCCAAGCUGUCCGAAUUGGUGAUCGUAUCGAAUGCGCAGGUCAAGGUGGCUGGGAUCCUAAGACCGGAGAGAUCCACCAAGAAAUCAAUGCUGAGAUUGACCAGGCCUUUGAGAACGUCGAGCUCAACCUGAAGAACGCCGGCGGCAAGGGCUGGGAGCAGGUGUUCCGGGUCAACUCAUACCACAUCCCGUUGGAUAACGAGGCACUUGGGGCCAUGGUGCGCAACUUCAAGAAGUGGAUGCCGGGACAUCAGCCUAUCUGGACCUGUGUUGGAGUGCCGAAACUCGGCCAGGACGCUAUGCGAGUGGAGAUCGAGGUGGUGGCUCAUGUUCCUUAA